CAGUCCUUAAAUGUAGGUAUGUGUAUGCAUAAACCAGUAAGCUGGAAAAGUUUUUUUCACUUUUCCUCAGAACUGACAGAGCUGGAAUGAGUGAGCAGAUGAACGGGUCGGUCGGGACGAUGCGCGUGUUGGUGACAGGCGGUAGUGGACUGGUGGGGCGAGCGAUAGAGCGGGUGGUGAAAGAGGAGGAGGAGGGAGGGAGAGAAGGAGAAGAAUGGAUAUUCCUGUCAUCUAAAGACGCCAAUCUCAUGAGCGCUGAAGAGACGAGAUCAGUCUUCCAGAAAUAUCGUCCGACACACGUCAUUCAUUUGGCCGCCUUGGUGGGUGGGCUCUACAGAAACAUGAGACAGAACCUGGACUUCUGGAGGAAUAAUAUAUUUAUCAAUGACAACGUGCUGCACACGGCUCAUGAGUUUGGGGUGGUGAAGGUCGUUUCUUGCCUGUCCACGUGUAUAUUCCCAGAUAAAACCACCUACCCCAUAGAUGAGACCAUGAUCCACAACGGUCCUCCACAUGAGUCUAAUUUCGGUUAUGCCUACGCCAAACGCAUGAUUGAUGUCCACAACAGGUCAUGUUUUGAGAAGUACGGUCGGCGAUACACCGCCGUCAUCCCCACCAAUGUUUUUGGACCACAUGACAACUUCAACAUUGAGGACGGUCACGUGCUGCCGGGAUUGAUCCACAAGACGUACCUGGCAAAGAAGGAAGGAAAACUUCUGGAGGUCUGGGGUUCAGGUCGCCCUCUACGGCAGUUCAUCUAUUCUCUGGAUCUGGCUCGUCUGUUCCUGUGGGUUUUGAGGGAGUAUGACGAGGUGGAGCCCAUCAUUCUAUCAGUUGGAGAGGAGGAUGAGUUGUCCAUAAAGGACGCUGCAGACACCGUGGUUGAAGCGUUGGGGUUCAAAGGUGACGUGAUUUAUGACACUAGUAAAGCAGACGGUCAAUUCAAGAAAACCGCCAGUAACGCCAAACUACGCAAAUACCUGCCAGACUUCAAGUUCACACCGUUCAAAGCAGCUAUCAAGGAGACGAGUGAUUGGUUUGUGGCCAAUUAUGACAUCGCCCGUAAAUGAAGAUCUUCACAUCUCAUUGGCUGUGGGGAGUUUGAUCACGGUUCAAUGCUGGAAACCAAUGAUUGAUCAAACCACUUAAACAGCCCUUAAUAAUCUAUAUGAAGACAAAAUCAUUGAACAAUGCCGUCUUACCUCUCUUGAAGUGUUUCUUAAAGACAUACAUUUUACAGUCAUGCAGUUACUAAUGCUGCGUUUUCAAAUGCAUUUAUUAAAGUCCCCAUGAAAACAAAAUUGAAGGAUAUUUUGGCUGAAAUCGGUCACAUUUACUAUUUUCGACAUGGUGAAUGGCACAUAGUGCACUAUAUAGGGGAUAGGGAACGAUUCUGAAUAUGCUUUCCAUUGGGGUGAAUGAAGUCUGGUUUCAUGUUGGUGCCACGCCAGUGGGGAAUCUAUUAGACUGUGGCUGUGAAAUGAGGCUUUACCAAAUUCAAUGGCUCUGGCUGAGCUGUGAUAUAAACGAAACGCUAUUGGCCAUUUUUUUUU